CGCCGCCGCCGCGGGUCAUGAUCCGGAACGGGCACGGGGCGGCGGGCGGCGCCGAGCCGCCGGGCCCGGGGGGCAGGCGCGCCGUGCGGGUGUGGUGCGACGGCUGCUACGACAUGGUGCACUACGGCCACUCGAACCAGCUGCGCCAGGCGCGGGCCAUGGGCGACUGCCUCGUCGUGGGGGUGCACACCGACGAGGAGAUCGCCAAGCACAAGGGCCCCCCCGUGUUCACCCAGGAGGAGAGGUACAGGAUGGUGCAGGCCAUCAAGUGGGUGGACGAGGUGGUGCCGGCGGCGCCCUACGUGACCACGCUGGAGACGCUGGACAAGCACAACUGCGACUUCUGCGUCCACGGCAAUGACAUCACGCUGACCGUGGACGGCCGGGACACCUAUGAGGAAGUGAAGCGGGCGGGCAGAUACAGGGAGUGUAAGCGCACCCAGGGCGUGUCCACCACAGACCUGGUGGGCCGCAUGCUGCUGGUCACCAAAGCCCAUCACAGCAGCCAGGAGAUGUCCUCGGAGUGCCGGGCGUACGCGGACAGCUUCGGCAGGCCCCCUCACCCGACACCCGCCGGGGAGACACUUUGCUCAGAAGGCUCUUCCCAGUGCCCAGGGGGGCGGAACCCCUGGACGGGGGUGUCCCAGUUCCUGCAGACGUCCCAGAAGAUCAUCCAGUUUGCCUCUGGCAAGGAGCCGCAGCCGGGCGAGACCGUCAUCUACGUGGCCGGCGCCUUCGACCUGUUCCACAUCGGCCACGUGGACUUCCUGGAGCAGGCGCACGGCCUGGCGGAGCGGCCCUACGUCAUCGCCGGCCUGCACUUUGACCAGGAGGUGAACCGCUACAAGGGGAAGAACUACCCGAUCAUGAACCUGCACGAGCGCACCCUGAGCGUGCUGGCCUGCCGGUACGUGUCCGAGGUGGUGAUCGGGGCCCCCUACUCGGUGACGGCCGAGCUCCUGGACCACUUCAAGGUGGACCUGGUGUGCCACGGGAAGACGGAGGUCGUGCCGGACAAGGACGGCUCGGACCCCUACCAGGAGCCCAAGAGAAGGGGCCUCUUCCGCCAGGUGGACAGCCGCAACGACCUGACCACGGACCUCAUCGUGCAGCGCAUCAUCCAGAACAGGCUUGAGUACGAGGCCCGGAACCAGAAGAAGGAGGCCAAGGAGCUGGCCUUCCUGGAGGCACUGCGGCGGCAAGGGGGACCGCCCCCCGAAGGAGAGUGCCCCUGACUUCUGACCCAGGGAAGAAGGCGCCGGAGGCCUGCAGCCGCCCGCCCGGGUCUGCGCCCCCAACUCCGGCUUGCCGGCUGACUAGCCACAGGUUUCCCUCGGCGCAGCCCGGGGUCAGCACAGGCCAGGGGCUGCCCCCAGGCGCCCUUCCCGCCCCGCGGCCCCACGGGGCCCACAGGACAGGCACUUCCGCCCGGCCGUCCCCUCCGCUGCUGCUCCCGCCCCCCACGCUGGCCUGGCGCCAGGGGCGGUGACAGAGGUGGCCGCCCCCUUUCCUCCCCAGGGUGCUGGUCGUGCCCCCCACAGGCCGGCCCCCAACCUCUGCUGCCCACGCACCGGGCGGGGUGGGGGGGGAGUCUGUGCCACCCAAUAAAGCCAGUGGAGGCAUCCGUGUGGGCUCCUUCCUGCCCCUGCCCCGCCAGCAGCAGGGGCGACAGGAGGGGCAGGCAAGGUCCCUUGGCCCAGAAUCUGACGCCCCCUGGUUCCCGAGGCCACUCCUUCCAGUUGGGGAUUGGGCCCGGCUCCCCCACAUUGCAGCGUCUCCCACACCCCAGCUGGGGUCACGUGGAGCAGCCUGUCACGCGGGCAGUGGUUUCGGGUUCAGGGAGGGUGUGGUGGUUUCCAUCCCCCAGGGCUCCCCGCCAUGGUGUCCACGGGUGUGGGGGGCUGGUCCUCUCCUUUCUCUCUAGCUCUGUCCUAGGCCUGACUUGAAGACUGAAUGGCAGGACCCUGAGGGUUCGCACCCCCAGCCUGGAGGCAUCGCCCUGCUCCCUCAGGCCGGGAAGGGCUAGGCUGGGUGAGGCUUGGGGCCCUCGC